AUGGUAAAUAUAAUUACUACUACAGUUCCUAAUGACGACUGCACGGCGAGAAAAGAUUUGGAUGAUGAAGACAUGAUUGCAGUACUUGACAAAUGCUACACUGUAUUGCAUGGAAGACGAAAUUCGAACACGUCAGUUUCUUCGACUUUAACUACUACUACAACUGCUUCGACAUCAAGUGGUCAGUGCUUAAUUGGUAGACAUAUGAGACGGUUUACUUUUGAUAAAGUCAAACUAAGAAUCACAAAACUUGAUCACAACUUAUAUGAUAUUAUCUGGCCUAGCGUCAAGAAGUUACCGCAAGAUCUAUCGUUUCGGGUAGCUUUAGAACAAGAUUUUCCUGCAGGAAUUGUGGCACCCGAUGUUUAUGCGUAUACAGUUUUUAGAGAAUUUUUGGAACCUAUAAUUAAAGAUAUUAAUAAUAUCGAUUUACAUACAGAUUUAAAAGAACAACCAAAAUCUCAAUUUAUAAUUGUUAAUAAACCAGAAGAUAUAGACUUAGACUUAGAUUCUAACGUUAAAAAUAUACUCACCGCUACAUUAGAAUGUACGCGAAACUUAGAAGAGUUUGAGUUUCCUAAAAUGUUGAACGUGGGGCAAUUAGAAGAGGUGGAGAAAAUUUUAACGACUGCACUAUUAAGUCAUGAAGUGGCAAGCUCAUUGUAUCCUAAUGCUACUAAACAAGAUAUUGUUGAAAAAGGUGGUGGGACUUAUUAUACUAUGAAUGAAGUUUUGGAAGAGCCAUCAGAAGCUCGAGUAAUAUUGUCUUCAAACGGGUUAAUGAUACCUUUGUGGAACGUUGCUCAAUCUGAUAGAUUACAUGGUAAACAUUGGCCAUAUGGGAGAGGAGUAUUUAUAAGUAAUUCGGCCAAUUUUGCCGCCUGGAUCAACGUGUUAGACCAUUUAAGAAUAGUCACAUGUUCCCCAUCGCAAACACCGGGAAAUAUCGGAAGAAUUUAUUCAAGAAUAAAUAGAGUUAUGACAUCUUUGAAUAAAUAUUUGAUUUUUAAACGAGAUGUUAAACUGGGUUAUUUAUCAGCUAGACCUUCAGCUCUUGGUAACACUUUACACUUUAAUUUAACAGUUGCAUUUCCAAAUUUGAUAAAGGAACCAGACAACCUAAAACAUCUUUGUUCAGUGAGAGGACUACAUUUUCAUAGAGGUAGUUUAACAAAUGAUGUUGUUCGAAUAGGCAACGAACAAACGUUAGGCAUAACAGAACUUCAAACAUUCGAGGAUUUUACAACAGCCGUGGCUAAUAUUCUUCAACUUGAGAAGGACUUAGCCAUGUCGAAUUCGAUGCAUAUAGCUGCCAUGUUCGUUAAUAUAUUUAGAAGAAAGAAAGCUAGUCUUGCAGAAUAGCAAUUAGCGCAUUAAAUUUUAAGUUAUAAUUAGAUCGUAAGGAUGUACAUAGUGCCAAAUUUUUGAUUUCAUUGUUUUAUUUAUUCACAAAUGCAUUGUGGACGGACAACC